GCAACAUCAGCAGAAGCAAUAGAGAAAACAAAGAACGACUGGGCAAGAGAAGGGCGGAAAUGAAUAAUUGUUCUUUAGAUGAAGAGGAAAUGUAGAAUUGUUGAAGGCAUCGGUUACUAUUACUCCAGUAAUCACCUACCUACCUGCCAUAUAUUUGCCUGGAAAAGACUAGCUGACUGGCUGCAAACAAACAAGCAAACAAUGAGACAGACAUUCAAGCUGCCAUGUGAAUCUGCAGAGUUCAAUAUUCCUACAUAUCCUUGCAGGUGGAGGUGGCAAGCUAAGCUUUACAGCCUUACUUACAAGUACUUUGGUACUCCACUCCAUCUCCAGGAGAGAGAGAGACCCUUCUCUUUGCCUACUUCCUCAGUUGAUUCCGAGGGAGACAUGCAUUGACUGGCUCUCUCUCGAAGCUGCAGCUUGUGCCUCAGCCAACCCUGACCUCUCUUUCCAUGUAUUUUACAGUCAGCGGAUUCCUCCCUCUUUAAUCUCUUUACAGGUAAGUUGAGGUGCUCGUCAUGACGACCCUAACUAUUCGUUGGCUAUUCCUUCUUUUUGUAACUUCUAUGGCCGGCCUCUGCAUGCUAUGCUACUGAGAGUAGUAUGGAACCAUGCGUGCUCAAAAGAUUUGAGCUUUAUUAUGUGUGACAUCUAGCCCCAUCGCCACACUUAUCAGUAGCCGAUCUUUUCAUUGUUACUUCCUUUUUCCACAUCCAGCGGGAGAAAUGGAGAUAUGGAGCAUUAGAGUGGCCUCCUGCCUCUUAGUCUUCUCCUUGCUUCUGUCUGACACACCUGGGUCCUGUGCUUCCAUCAAUGAACUAGGGAAAGACCCAACUAGGUCUUUAUCGAAUUGCAGACAAUGGAAGCUUUUUGGUCGCUGUUCUUGGUUGGGAGUGGGGUGCUCAGAUGAUGAUGGUAGACCGGUGGCUUUAACAACUCGGGGUGUCAUCCAGAGGAGACUCCUACUGCAUCCAAGAGACCAGCUUGGCCCAGCAUCUUCGAACCAUGCAUUUGGAGACAAACCACAUCUUGAUCCUUCAUCCAGGCCUGCUGGUCUUGAACCUGAAACUAGAAAGUCUUUCACGCUACCUCACUGGGCAAUCUACACAUUGGCCAUCACCGGAGCAGUCUUCCUCUUGGUUGCAGCUACUAGCAUGUAUCUAUUCUUCUCUGGUAGAAAGAAGGAUAAUACUGUCAUGCCAUGGGCUACUGGACUCAGUGGACCACUCAGGAAAGCCUUUGUGACAGGUGUGCCUUCUCUAGGAAGGGCAGAGCUUCAGGCAGCGUGCGAGGACUUCAUCAAUGUGAUUGGCACUUCAUCCGGCUGCACAUUGUACAAGGGAACUUUGUCAAGUGGAGUUGAAAUAGCUGUUGUCUCCACUUCAGUUGACUCUGCCAAAAAUUGGUCAGAUCAGUCUGAGGAGCAAUUUAGGAACAGGAUCUCUGCGUUGUCCAGAGUGAACCAUAAGAACUUCAUGAACCUACUCGGCUACUGCAAGUGCGACGAGCCAUUCACUAGGAUGAUGGUGUUCGAGUAUGCUCCGUGUGGUUCCCUCUUUGAGCAUUUGCAUAUUAGAGAAGCAGAAGAUUUGGACUGGCCUGUACGGCUGCGCAUCAUCAUGGGAGUAGCAUACUGCUUGGAGCAUAUGAGCCGGAUAGACCCUCCAGUCACCCCAACAAGCCUGAGCUCCUCAUCCAUCUACUUGACCGAUGACUAUGCGGCCAAGAUAUCUGACAUCGAAUUCUGGAAGGACGACGAAGGCUCCGCUUUGCAAAAUGCUAUUGCUGACCAAGAAAGCAUGGUCGUGUACAAGUACGGCAUCCUGCUGCUUGAGGUGAUCUCCGGUCGGCUACCGUUCUCCGAAGACCACGGCCUGCUCGUCUUGUGGGCUUCGAGCUACAUGGACGGCAAGAGGCCGCUCAGCGGGAUGGCUGACCCAACGCUGAAGUCGUCUGUGCCUGACGAGGAUGUGGCGGCGCUGUGUGAGGUUGUGAGACUGUGCAUAAACCCGGAGAGAGAGAAGAGACCAGCCAUGGGAGAGGUCGCGAGGAUGAUGAGAGGUGUCACCGCGUUGUCGCCGGAGCAGGCGACCCCGCGAGACAACCCCCUGUGGUGGGCCGAGCUUGAGAUUGCCUCGUCGGAGACCGGGUGAAAUUCAGAACCGAAGGAGCUAGUAUAGCUAUACUGAAUUUUCCUUUAUUUCGUUUUCAGCUGUCUUGAUGUAUAAUAUACUCUCUUUUCCCCCUUUUUUUCUUUUCCCUCGGAUAACAGCGAACCUGCAAGGUUUUAGAAGUGGAAAGAAAGAAAAGAAAUUGUCAGUGUAAUUAUGGUUUGUAUUCCUUCAAUAUAGGGACCUACUCGUUGAAGGGUUCUGCAAGCAAGACAUUGUUUCACUGCCAAAUCCAAUUCCAUCUGCCA